AAGAAUCGAUUUUUAUUUGUUUCCCUUGAGAGAGUUCCCCUGCUACAAACAAGAACGUCCACCCUCUCCUUCUCUAUCUCCGAUCUCCUCUGCCGCCGGCGCGGCCGCUCUCAGCCCUCCCAGCACGGCGUCUUCGCAUCCCUUCUGCUGGCGCCGCUCAUGGCUUCUUCCACGGCCGCCGCCGCCGUCUCCUGCCUCUCCACGCCACCCGUGACGAUCGAAAGGUCCAUUCCCCGCGGCCGCCUCCUCUUCCGCGGCUCCCACGCCGGCGGCUCCCGCCCCCUCCGUCUCAACUCCGCCCGUCGUCGCGGGCUGUCGCCGGCGCCUAGAGCGGCCAAGGCCGUGGAGGCAGCCGCGAAGGCUGGUCCCCUCAACGUCAUGAUAGCGGGGGCUCCGGCGUCGGGCAAGGGCACCCAGUGCGAGCUCAUCAAGGCUAAAUAUGGUCUGGUGCACAUUUCAGCUGGAGAUUUGUUAAGGGCGGAGAUCGCCGCGGGCUCUCAGAAUGGGAAGCAGGCCAAAGAAUUCAUGGAGAAGGGACAGCUGGUUCCAGAUGAGAUCGUUGUUAAUAUGGUGAAGGAGCGUCUUCUGCAAUCAGAUGCUCAGGAAAAGGGUUGGCUUUUGGAUGGGUACCCAAGAAGCAAUUCACAGGCAAUGGCGCUGGAAACUCUUGGAAUCCGGCCUGACAUUUUCAUUCUAUUGGAUGUUCCGGAUGAACUUCUUGUUGAAAGGGUGGUUGGAAGGCGGCUUGAUCCUGUAACCGGGAAAAUUUACCAUCUAAAGUACUCUCCACCAGAGAAUGAAGAAAUUGCAUCUAGGCUUACACAAAGAUUUGAUGAUACGGAAGAAAAGGUUAAGCUGAGACUGCAAACUCAUUAUCAAAAUAUUGAGUCCUUGGAAUCAAUAUACGAAGAUGUUAUAGUCAAGGUAAAAGGAGAUACCACAGUGGAUGAUGUCUUCGCUGAGAUCAACAAGCUGCUCACUUCCAGCUUCGAUAAGAAAACAGAGAUGGUGGCUAGCACAUGACCAGAGUAAAGCCAAAUGACAGAGCAUUGAUAGGAUGAUUUGUUAGAAACCCAUCUGUCAUACGUUGAUGUAAAUGCAUCACUAUUUUUUCCUGUAAACAUCCAGACCUUUGUUAGAAAUGCAUUGAUUUACAGCCCAACUGGAAAUGUUGCUUUGAGUUUGCAGUGUAAAUUUGUGUUGCUGAGCUUCAGUGACUGUUGUUUGUUGUACUACAGAUCCCCUUAGUAGUUAAAUUUGUACUAAA